AUGCACCCAUAUGCAUAAUAUCCUCCAUUCUUCUAAUACUCUCAAGCCUUCCAGUAUCCUUAACUUUCAAUUCAACAAUUCAACCCAUAUCAGCAUUAACAAUACAUCAAUAAUUACCUUUGGCUAAAUUAUCAGAGAGCUUAGCAAACCCACUUACUUUCUGAAGGUUCCUCAUAGUCCCCUCCAAUAAUCAAAUAGGAAAACGUAGUGAAAUAGGAACAAACCCUCCUUAAAUAGUCUAACUUUGAACCAGUAGAAAUAAUGACAAACCUUGAAAACAGUAAAUCAGCCCAGCCACUAAAAACCAGGCUGAAUAUUUAGUCUUAAAAGAGUAAGCGCAAGGGGAAAAGGUCAUCAAGAAGAAAGUUAUAUAACAUAGGACAUUGGACAACGAAAGAACACAAUUUGUAUCUCAGCUUUACAGAAAUGAACAAGGACAUAAUGCUGAAUUCAGACCUAAAGAAAUAGAACAAAAUAUUUAAAUAGAUGUCUAAUUUUAUAAAGACGAGGUCGCCCAGUUAAUGUAGAUCUCACCAUCAAAAGUUUGAUCCCAAAAUAUCAACCUCCAACAAUACUUCUAAUUUGAUAGAGUGUGAUAAUGUUGGGAAUCAAGAAUGA